ACUAAGCUUGCAAUCUACAUUGAAUUUUUCAUCUGACAUUGUGAACAGCAUGGUUACAGAUGGCUUUCGUGCUAAAAUACGCAAAAACUGUCAGAAAUAACUGGAAAAAGUCAGUCGUCUGUGUCGCUGCUGCUGCAUAUGGUGUAAAAUACGCAAAAGAGAAAUACGAUCAAGAGUGGAUACGAAGAGAGUUCUGUGCAGAGGCCUUGAAAUAUGGGAAUGCAAAGAUUGGCCUCCAAGAAAGACCAAGGAAAAUCACUGUAUUCCUGAACCCUGCAGCAUCAGGCGGGGGUGCUGUGAAAGUGUUUGAGAAGAAUGCAGCCCCUAUACUGCACUGUGCAGGAUUGGAAGUCAAUAUUGUCAAGGUUGAGUAUGAAGGGCAGGUGAAAAAGUUCCUGUCAAUCUUGGAAAGGUCUGAUACUGAUGGUAUAGUGGUCGCUGGUGGUGAUGGUACACUGCUUGAGACCAUUACUGGAAUCAUGAGGAAAGAAGAUAAGACAUUCCGACAAAAUAUACCAGUAGGAGUUAUCCCCCUUGGUCACAAAAACCGGUUUGCAAAGCUGCUUUUUGGCAGUGACAACGAUCAAGUUCUAUUGAUGUGCCAGUGUGCUAUGUCUGUGGUGCGGGGGCUCGGCAGAAGUGUGGACGUCAUCAGCCUCAAGGAGGAUAAUGGAAGAACAGCCUAUGCUUUGUGUGGACUUGAAAUGGGUGCAUUCCGGGAGGCAGAACAGCGCAAGUCAAAGUAUUGGUACUUUGGAGGGCUGAAGCACCGAAUGACCUACCUCCGGUCAGCCUUCUUGGACUGGCCACCAGUUUUAAAGGCCAAAUUGUCAUACGUCCUAGCUACAGAGGAGAACACACAGCCAAGGCAACAAACAGAACAGCCAAAGGAACAGCCAAAGGGUAGUUGGUUGUCAAUGCUCUUCAAACCCAAGGUCAUCAAACCUAAAGCAGCUGAGCUGUUUGAGGAGGAGACUGAUGAUGACAACGAUGUGGUAGAGACGAGGAACUUGUCCACUGUGGAACUGACCACUGUGUCCACCUGCCUACAAGACCCGGGGCAGACUGUGAAAGGGCUGGAGCUUGGCAUUGGACCUGCUGAACCUUCUAUAUGGGAAUUUAUCUCAGAAGGUUGGCGACGAGUUAGUGAACCAACCUUGAGACUGGGUACAAGAUCAAAUGAGACAAUACUGGUUAAGAAAAUCAGGAUAGAGCCAGAGGAUCCAACUAAAUUUUACAACAUUGAUGGUGAGCUGUUCGAGUCUGUACCAGUGACAAUAGAACUACUCAGGAAACGAGUAAAAUUCUUCUGUGUGGACCCAGAUUUCAAAAUCAGCUGACAUUGAUUCUUGCCCUGGAUUUAUGGACAAUUGCACACAUUUCAUGUAAACAUCUUAUGGUGAUUUGAGAAUGCAAGUGUAUGUGUACUAGUAUAUGUGGAUUCCAUAGAACCUGAAGUCAUUUUGAUUCUUAUCAUUAUGAACAUAUAAAGUUUGCCACCAUAUCAAUAUUAAAAGCUCUGCUCUUGAAAUAUAUACUGGAAUGCGAAUAUGAUUCGAGGAAACUGGGCUGGUUAUUUAAAUAUGUACAUGCCUGUAAAUAACCUGAAAACAGCUGACUUCACACAAUGUCUUGUCAAAGUGAAGUGAUACAUCUAUGUACAAAUGUGGGACUGUAAUUAAGCUAACCUUGGGGUUUGGCACACUGUUAACAGUAAAUAGAUCUUAAUGAGGUGAUCUUUUUAUGUGUCAUUUGGUAAAUAAAACCUUUACAGAUA